AUAAUAAUAUUGAGCCGUGGUCGGUAGGCGCCGUGUGUCUGUGUGUAUGUUUGUCUAUGGCUGUGUGAGUGAAUAGUGUUGCUUCAUGUGUGUUUUGUGCAUCAGGAAGAGGCGAAGGAAGAAAGCGAGGCACCAAUUGUAACAGAAGAAAGAACUAUGCUGGCAUGCUGAAGAAGUCUCAGAGUCGAGUGGGCAGGAAGUUUCGUAUCUUGGUCGCUCAGAGUCAGUGGUGAGAGGAGAGAAGGUACCCGUGUUAUAGGUUCAGAAGAUGCCUAACCCUUGGCUCCGAGCACCUUAGGAACCCGCACAUGUCAUGGCCAACCUGCCCGCUGUGUACGUUACUGAUUAUGACCUGGACCCCAACCAGAAGGAGCCUUACUGGGACUCGUUUUACAUAUUUACGAAUGACGGCAUGGAGGUGCUGGAGGGGGAGGAGGGGGAGGUGCCAGUCAAGCAGGUGGUGGUGGGGAUCUGUGCCAUGGAGAAGAAAUCUGGCUCUAAACCCAUGAAGGAGAUUCUCACCCGCCUGGAGGAGUUUGAGUUCAUCCGCACUGUCAUCUUUCCCGAGGAGGUGAUCCUGAAGGAACCCGUUGACAAGUGGCCACUGUGUGACUGCCUCAUCAGCUUCCACUCCAAAGGGUUCCCGCUGGAGAAGGCGCAGGCAUACACCGACCUCAGGAAACCAUACAUCAUCAAUGACCUCGAGAAGCAAUAUGACCUCCAGGACCGACGUGUGGUGUACAGCACGUUGCAGAGGGAAGGCAUUGAGCUGCCACGCUUUGCCAUUCUUGACAGAGAUUCCAAAGAUCCAUCAAAACGAGAACUCAUAGAGGGAGAGGACCACGUGGAGGUGAAUGGCGUCAUAUUCAACAAACCCUUCGUUGAGAAGCCAGUGUCAGCGGAGGACCACAACAUUUACAUUUACUACCCAACGUCAGCCGGCGGUGGCUCCCAGCGGCUGUUCAGGAAGAUUGGCUCCAGAAGUAGUGUGUAUUCUCCAGAGAGCAGAGUGAGAAAAACAGGCUCCUACAUCUAUGAGGACUUCAUGCCUACUGACGGAACUGAUGUGAAGGUGUACACAGUGGGCCCAGAUUAUGCCCAUGCAGAAGCCAGAAAGUCACCCGCUCUGGAUGGGAAAGUGGAGAGGGACAGUGAAGGGAAGGAGGUGCGCUACCCAGUCAUUCUUUCUAAUGCUGAGAAGCUGAUAGCAAGAAAAGUGUGCCUGGCAUUCAAACAGACAGUGUGUGGGUUUGAUUUGCUAAGAGCAAAUGGCAAGUCUUAUGUCUGUGAUGUUAAUGGAUUCAGCUUUGUGAAGAACUCCAGCAAGUAUUAUGAUGACUGUGCCAAGAUUCUGGGCAACAUGAUCCUGCGGGAGUUGGCGCCCACCUUCCACCUCCCUUGGGCCAUCCCCUUCCAGUUGGAUGACCCGCCCUUCGUCCCAACCACCUUCGGGAAAAUGAUGGAGCUGCGGUGUGUGGUGGCCGUCAUCAGGCAUGGAGACAGAACACCCAAACAGAAAAUGAAGAUGGAAGUCAGACAUCCUAAAUUCUUUGCCUUGUUUGCCAAAUAUGAUGGGUACAAGGAUGGCCAUGUGAAGCUAAAGAAGCCUAAGCAGCUACAGGAGGUGCUGGACAUUGCUCGUUCAUUGCUUGGGGAGAUUGAGCAGAAGCGAGCAGAUCCAGAGACAGAGGAGAAGAAGGGGAAACUGGAGCAGCUCAAAAGUGUCCUUGAAAUUUUUCUAAAGGAGCUCAGGUUGCAAGAGGAACAACUUUGCUGUAUGACGUAUGGCCACUUCUCAGGAAUCAACAGAAAAGUGCAGCUCAAGUAUCAGCCAAGGGGGUGGAAGAGACGCUCCAGCAGUGAGGAAGGAGACUCACCUCGAGAACCCUCACUGGUGCUGAUCCUCAAGUGGGGGGGAGAACUGACCCCCGCUGGCAGGGUACAGGCUGAAGAAUUUGGACGGAUCUUCAGGUGCAUGUACCCUGGCGGACAAGAACGGUCAGAGUGGAUUGACGAGUCAGUGACUGGAUGUGAGUAUGCUGGCACACAAGGGCUGGGACUGCUACGGCUACACUCCACCUACCGCCAUGACCUCAAGAUCUAUGCCAGCGAUGAGGGUCGGGUGCAGAUGACGGCCGCGGCUUUUGCCAAGGGUCUCCUGGCUCUGGAGGGAGAGUUGACACCAAUACUAGUACAGAUGGUGAAGAGUGCCAACACUAAUGGUCUCUUGGACAAUGACUGUGAUUCCUACAAGCAUCAAAACAUGGUGAAGAACCGACUACAUGAGGCAAUGCAGCAAGACAGAAUACUAACUCAGGAGGACAUGGAGAAGCUCAACCCCACCAGCUCCCGCUCAAUUUCCACAGCUUUGGAGUUUAUUCAGAACCCUGUCAGGAUGUGUGAGCAUGUCAUCUCGCUCAUCAAGAAGCUUAACGAACGUAUCAAGAUCAGAAAGGAAGACCAGAAGACCAAAGAGCUGCCUCUCUAUCAUGGGGAGUCCUGGGAGCUGAUGCAGCGUCGGUGGGCGAAACUGGAGAAGGAUUUCAGAACAAAGAACACCAAGUUUGACAUCUCCAAGAUUCCAGACAUCUACGACUGCAUCAAGUACGACCUACAGCACAACAACCACACGCUACAGUUUGAGCAUGCAGAGGAGCUGUACAAGUGUGCCAAGUACCUCGCUGAUGUUGUCAUUCCACAGGAAUAUGGAAUGACACCACAGGAGAAGAUGGCCAUCAGUCAAGGCAUCUGCACUCCUCUGCUGAAGAAGAUCCGAGCAGACCUACAGCGCAACAUUGGGGAGGAGGAGAGUGAAGAGAAUGCUGGGGAGAGCAUCAACAGAUUAAACCCUGUAUACUCCCAUGGUGUCAGCAGUCCAAGUCGCCACGUUAGAACACGUCUGUACUUCACUAGCGAGAGUCACAUUCACUCCCUACUCACUGUUCUCCGCUUUGGUGGACUCAUUGAUAAUCCCAAGGACGAGCAAUGGAAUCGUGCGAUGGACUACAUAGGGGCCGUGUCUGAACUGAAUUAUCUCAGCCAGAUUGUGGUGAUGCUUUAUGAAGACCCCACCAAAGACCCUUCCUCUGACAGCAGAUUCCACGUGGAGCUUCACUUCAGUCCAGGUGUGAAUUGCUGUGUGCACAAGAAUCUGCCACCUGGCCCGGGCUUCAGACCCAAGAGUCGCAAUGAACCGGAGAAGUAUCACAUAUGCCUCCCCCGGCCCGGGGUGGUCCCCACUGUGCCCUUAUCUCCAAAGGCGGAGGCAGAGAUGAGAAGGGCUCGCGCCACUUCUCGGAUAGAUGAGGAGGAGGACCUUCAGUACAUCCUGGAGGAGAUGAGUGAGGGGGAGAAGGAGGGCGGGGUAGGAGCCAAUAUGGGGGGACGCAUGGACAGUCACUCUUGCAGGACGUCGUCUACCUCGGGUCCACAGGAGACGAAAAGCAAGGAUGGUGAUAGCAAGGUGUUGUUGUCCCCACCUGCAGCUAAGGAUGAGGGCAGUGAGAAGUAUGCAGAGUUGCCAAGUGGAAGCAUGCAGCCUGGAGGAAUGGACGUAAGUGAAGGAGAAUCAAUAGUCAAGUCGGAACCCAUCCCCAUCAGUGCCAGGUCACAAUCUGACUGUGGACUGGUGCCUCUUGGGGAAGUGCUCCGCCCGUACCCCAUCACACGGUCACUGUCUGAUGGAGCAUCAUCGUACCAGCGCAAGUUGUCGGGCACGGAGAGCGUGACGCGUCCACGAUCCCUGGAGGCCGACAACGUGCUCAACUCAGACCACACGCCACGCCCAGAGAAAGCCGGCAGCUCCAGCCUAGACUCCCUCAGUGAAGAAGAGAGCAUGAGACGGCAUCGCCACAGCAUCCCAGGCCACCUCUCAUACCUCACCUUCCUGGCCGGCCUGCAGCAGAAGGCCACCACUGCUGCCGUGCCAGUCUUCUCAACAGCCGUCAUCUCUGGGUCUACAUCAGCGCCUGACUUGCGGGAUAACUUUUCUGCUCUUCCAUUUUCAGCAAACCUGGAGGGCCUCGGAGGCGUGCCAUCCAUUCGGCCACUGGAAACUCUCCACAACGCCUUGUCUCUUCGCCAGCUGGAUGGCUUUCUGGAGCGCAUGGCUCUUGCCCAGUUCCGCACGCCACUCUCCUCCCCACCCAAGAUGCCUUCCACUCCAAGGCACCCCCGCACACAGCCUCUUCCUCUCGGCCUCCAGUCUCCUUCCUCCAGUGUUGGCUGGUCUGGACCCCCAUCCUUCGUGUCAUCCUCCGGCCCCUCCUCCCCCAAUAUCACCACCCUGGAGUUCUUCUCACACCAGCACCGCUGCUACGACACCAACACAUCACAACCAGCAUCACCCAAGUUCUUCAGCACAGCUCUCCCCCUCACCACCACUACCCAGUAUGAACACACCCACCACAGUCCUUACACAACCAGAGCCCCAGCCACUUAUGCCGACACCUUCGCUGCCAAUAACAGAGCUUACGCUGAGGUGGAUGCUGCUGCUGUUAGUAGGCUCCUACAACUAACCACCAGCACUAAACCUCAACAUGACUUGGGACUGCCAGGCUUAGCUGCUGAACACAGUAGAGUAGCUGAACUCAGUACUGUUGAAGGGGGAGUGGGAACACUAGACAUCUCUGGUGAGGCAAGUGACCCAGCCUCUCCAUCUGAAGGUUCAGAAAGCCUAGGGUCCCAUUCCCAGACUGAAGUGGCCUCCAUCAUAGAGCGUGGGGACACAGCAACUCCAGACACCCAUAGUGAUGUGCAAGACCAAGAAAUUUCAUGUCAGGAAAACACAGAACCAGAGAAUCUCUUGUCUCUCACUAACAACAGGAGUGCCACCUCAGAGUGAGCCCGUGUGUGCGUGCAUGCGUGCAUUGCGUUGCAUUGCGUUGCGUUGCGUUGCGUGCGGGUGAGCGGGCAGGCGGGCUUGCGUGCGUGCAUAAUUCACCACGGUCACCUGCUAGUCAACCAGCCUACAGAAAGACCUCAGAGCUUAUAGACCAAUCUUCGGGUAGGACAGACCACACCACACAACACACCGGGACAGCAAAGCCACAACCCCUCAAAUUACAUCCCGUACCAAGUUGUUGCUAAGUGAACAGUGGUUACACAUCAAGAGGCUCACCCACUUGCCUCACCUCACCCAGGACUCGAACCCGGGCCUCCUCGGUUGUGAGACCAGUGUGCUCACUACUACACUGUGUGUGUGUAUGUGUGUGUGUGAGAGAGAGAGAGAGAGAGAGAGAGAGAGAGAGAGAGAGAGAGAGAGAGAGAGAGAGAGAGAGAGACUGUAAAGUAUAUUGGGAACACAAGAUCUUCAUUCCAAUGUCAAGAUAUUAAUAGAAAAUUAAAUAUGAUGUGCAAUAUAUUAUUUGAUUAGAGAACGUUUUCCUAGCAACGUGUGGACGUACGUGUUGAGUGUAUACGAGGUGCUGUGUUCCUGAGGUGUCAUGUCCUGCACCAUAGCCUACUGGAGGCAAAGCUAGCUAUGGGAGAGCAUGUUCAUUUUGAAAUCCUCAGUGUUGGACCAGAUAAAAGUUAAAUUAUACAAGCACAAGCACUACCACAAUAAUUACUACACAACAAUUGGAAUAAAGAUAAAAACUUGUUAAAUUACAUUUUUUAUGAAAAAAUGUUGCCUGUUAAAGCUGCCUAGUUUCUAUUGUAAUAAGACUGAUAACACAGCAAAUUACAUAGAUGAAAAUUUAUAUAUAUUUUUAGCAAUGAAGUUUUGUUUAUUAAAUAGACAGACUAAUAUAUAUAUAUAUACAUGUAUUUCUAUACACAGUAGACUGGAUAAUGAGGCUGUGAAUGGAGCAACUUUUUUUGGUUAAGUUGAUGCUGCUUACUAUUUUACAUAACUUCCUCAAGAAAGGACUCAGUACAUUCAUUUUCUUCAUUUUUUUUAAGUAUAUUUUUUUCUUCUAAUUAAGUGUUUGCAGGAGUAUGGCUGUUUUGUGCUUAUGCUGCAUGCUGAUCUGUUAUGUGCCUGUUGUCUCAUUAGCACCUCGAGUAUGAUUUCCCCACAGAGAAAGGCUAAAACUCUCCCUUUUAUUUACAGAUUUUGUUGAAGAGUUUGGGGCUCUUGAUCCUCUUAGGUAUUACUAGUUCAGUGAUUCAACACUUGGCCUCUGAUUUUAUACAAGUGAAUCACAAGGCAUUAAAUGUUUUAGAUGUGAUUCUCAGAAGACUUUCACCAUUUUGUUGUAAUGUAUCACACACUAUAAUCUUGUGCCAUAGUGCUAAGUUCAAAGACCAGUUAAUUAUUUAUCAUUUUCAUUACACUCUUGUGCUCAGUUAUGUUUGCUCAUAUGUAAUGCAUUUUGUUCGGUAAGAUCAUAACAUUAUUUCUGUUAAAAGACGUUAAUUGUAUCUAAUUUUUCGAGAUCAUAGUCAGUAAAAGUUACCUAAUCUUAA